AUGCUGCUGCAAGAGACACAAACGAAGCUGAAGGCGAUAGAGGAGGAGGUGAAGAAGACCCAGGCCGCGCGGGAGGAGGUGGAUGCCCGGGUUAUCUCCCAAGCCCAGCAACUUCAGCAGAUCCAGAACGACCUCCACCUAUCCUCCACCAGAGAGAAGGAGAUGAGGGAGGAGGUGGAGGCUAUGAAGGUUUUAAUGAAGGAAGAGGAAGGGAAGAAGGAGGAGGAGAUGAAGAAGAUGAAGGAAGAAAAUAUAAGAUUACAGGCCGCGCGGGAGGAGGCGGAUGCCCGGGUCAUCUCCCAAGCCCAGCAACUUCAGCAGAUCCAGAAUGACCUCCACCUAUCCUCCACUCGAGAGAAGGAGAUGAGGGAGAAUUUGGAGGUUAUGAAGGUUUUACUGAAGGAGGAAGAAGGGAAGAAGGAGGAGGAGGUGAGGAAGGUGAAGGAAGAGCUACAGAAGAAGGAAGAAGAGAACAAACGAUUACAGGCCUCCCUCCAGCGGGCCGAGACGGAGACGGCAGCAGCGCGAGGAUUCAGGGACAGAACGCAGGAGAGACUGAAGGAGAUGACCGCCAAAGUGGAGAUGAGUGAGGCAAGAUGGCAGAAGAAGAUGAGAGAGGAAGAGGAGGCAGCGGUAGAAGAAGAGGAGGAGGAGGAGGAGGAGGAAGAAGAGGAGGAGGAGGAGGAGGAGGUGAGAAAAUAGACGAAGAAGAAGGAGGAGGAGGAGGAAGAAGAGGAAUGCAAGAAAUCAAGUAAUUAUUUUAUUAUUAUUAUUAUUAUUAUUAUUAUUAUUAUUAUUAUUAUUAUUAUUAUUAUUAUUUUCCAUAGAAUUAGUUUCCAUAUUUUCCCUUCAAUGUAAUUUUUUUGUAAUUUUUUUAGUAAUUUAUAAGUAAUUUUAAGUAAUAUUUUAGAAGUAGUAAUUUUAAUAUGUAGUUACUUAUGUGUGUGUGUGUAAUUAUAUGUAACUUAUAACUAUCUAACAAUUAUAUUAACAUUGUAUUAUUAUUAUUAUUAUUAUUAUUAUUAUUAUUAUUUCAUCUUGUUUUUAUUUUCUUUCAAGUUUUCUCGAAGAUUUUCCUUAAUGUUUUUUUCUUCUUUAUUAGUAUUUUCAUUUCUCUCAUUUCUUUCUUUCAUCUGUGUUCCAUUUCUUUCAUUUCCUUCUUUCAUUUCUUUCAUUUCUUUCAUCUGUGUUCCAUUUCUUUCAUUUUUUUCUCUUUUUUUUCAUUCCUUUCUUUCAUCUGUGUUCCAUUUCUUUCAUUUCUUUCAUUUAUUUCUUUGUAUGUGUUCCAUUUUCUUUCAUUUCUUUCAUUUCUUUUUUUCAAAUGUGUUCCAUUUAUUUUUUUCAUUUCUUUAAUUUCUUUCAUCUGCGUUCCAUUUCUUUAAUUUCUUUCUUUCAUUUCUUUCAUUUCUUUCUUUCAUUUAUUUAUUUCAUCUGUGUUCCAUUUCUUUCAUGUCUUUAAUUUCUUUCUUUCAUUUCUUUCAUUUCUUUCUUUCAUUUAUU